AGAACGUGUUAGAAUAUUUUUUUUUUUUUUUGGCUCAUGGUAUGCCAAACAAUCGUCGUAUGCCAAACAAAAGCCAUGCCCAUUCAAAUGUAAAGUUAAAUAAGCACAAAAAUCGCCACAGAUAAAUUUUGAAUAAUACAAAUUAAGAUGAAAUAAAACGCACAACUCGCAAGAGAAUACGAAUAGCGCUUAAAGCUAAAUCUGCAGCCAGCCAGCCUUAGUCUAAGUCGAUGGAGAAGACGAAGACGAAGACGAAGAAGCCAAAUAUCAAAACGAAACGCACAAAUCUAACGAAACCAAACGAAACGUAACGUUUAAUUUGAAAAAAAAAAAAAAAACAAAAACAAAACAAAACAAAACCAAAAACAAAGCAACCAACUUGCCUAGCGAAAGCAGCACAAAAUUCAACGCUCCGCCCCGAAACAAAGAAAAGAAUAAAAGCGCCAGGAGCCGCUACAACUAAUUCACAUAAGCGAAAACGUAGAAUUUAUAUAAAAAAAAAAAAAAAAAUAACAAUAAUGCAAGCACAUACAAAAUAGGCAAAAUUAGCCGAAUAAUGAUAUAGCUGAGCAGCAUUUGGAGUGGAAAAAUGUUUACAACAAUAGCAACAAUCGGAGCUAAAACCAGUUGAUUGCGCCUGUUGGUGGUCAGCAAAGGAUUCGAGGAACGUCGUCGCGCUGCGUCGCAAUGCAAGCGAACAGCAGCCGAUCCACGUUAAGCGCACAAUCCUCGGGCACUCCGUCGGCCUCCACCAUAUCCUCGUCGCAGGGCAAGCAACAAGUUGUCGAACUAUCUGGUUAUGUUAUCAUUCUCGUUGAGAAUGCGGAGGGUAAAAUUAAAUUAUACGGCUCACCGUCCGAUCGCGAUAAUCUGGAAGUGGGCGAUGAGAUACUCGAGGUCAAUGGACUCACCCUGGACAAUAUAUCGCGCACUGAGGCCAUACGACACAUACACGAUUGCAUUAAAUCCUGCACAAUUUGUUUGCGUGUGCGCAAGAAAAAUGAUUCGAGAUUGGCGUGGGAUAUUGGCAACUCCGUGCAGGACGCGUUUGUCAUCGCCGUGGAGGAGCACGCGCGGGAACGUCUGCAGCGCUUGGCGGCCCUGAAUCGCGUUACGCCCGUGGAUAUAACACAGCUUUCCAAAAAGCUGCAGCAAACGAAAAGCGGCACCGUCACCAGCCAAAAACAGGACUUGAGUUUCCUGAACGACUCGACGCCAAUCUAUGUGACGUCAUUUAGCAGCAAUCAAAUCACCUGCAGCAGCGCCACAAUGACAACGGCCACCGCCGGCGGGCCCAUUAGCGCCCCCUCGCUGGUGCCCACCACGGCGACGGCGACAAUGUCGACGCCGACUGCAGCGCCUUCGGCGGCACUGGUGAGCGCCGCAGUUGCAGCGGCCACAGCAGCAGCAGCUGCUGCUAGUGCGGAGCGCAGUGCGAGCAGCUCAACGACGGCGGCAAUUGUCGGCGCAACAGCAGCAGCAGCGGCGGCAGCGCUCAAGCAGCCGCCAGCAGCGGGCGGCGGCGGUGGCGGUAACAAGACCAGCAGCGCCACGGGGCACAUCUAUCAGACCAGCCAGGCACAGCAGCAACAGUUGCAGCAGCUGCAGCAACAAUUGGCGGCGGCUGCUGCCGCUGGGAAGCCGCUGCAGGCGAAAUCUCUGCUGGCCACCAGUUUGCAGCAUCUGGCCGAGGAGGUGGACGAUGACGACAUGGACGAUGACGAUGAUGUCGAUGGUGCCAACUACUGUGGCAUCACCUAUAUCAGCUACAACAACAAGCACGCCCAGCUGCCGACAACAACGCUGCCCGCAACAACAACGUUGCCCGCUGCAGCCGCCACGCUGGCAACAACUGCGGCGAUCCAUCAACAGCGACAAUCGCUGACGCAGUUACAGUCCAGACCGUUGCCGCUGCAGCUGAGCAGCGAUGCUGUUACUGGUGCUGCUGCUGUUGCUGCUGGUGUUGCUGGUGCUGGUGUUGCUGGUGCUGGUGCUGGUGCUGGUGCUGGUGUUGGCGGUGCCCACUUUGUGGAUGCGCAAACUUCAACAUCGCCGCUGGCAGCAACAGCAGCAGCAGCAACAACAGCAGCAGCAGCAGCAGGAGCAGCAGCAGCAGCAGCAGGAGCAGCAGCGGGAGGCGGCGGGGCAACAACGAUUGUGACAGUGGCAGAUAUUGCAUUGCCAAUGCAUGGACACGGACAUGCGCAUGGGACGACAACGCCAAAAACAGAGUAUUCGACGGCCAUAUCCAGCGGACAGCUGCAACAGGCGUUUGCGGAUCUGCAGCAACACGGCCACGGCAGCAACAUUGCUGGCCACUUGCAGCAGCACCAGCACCAGCAGCAGCAGCAUUUACUUUUAAGCAACAACAAUAAUAGCAAUAAUUGCAUCACAUCAGGCAACAUCAACAUCAACAUCAACAACAGCAGCAGCAGCAGCAGCAAUAUCAUCAGCAACAUUGGGACGUCCGCUAUGAAAAAUUGUGAUCUACUAAUAUCGAAUAAUUUGUAUCCACCGAGACGAGAGUUACUAACUACGCUUAACGAUGACGUCAUUGUGCAUCAGUCCGACGAUUGCCUCGGCCUGCCAUAUAACACAACUGCAACAGCACCACCAAUAGCUGGAACUAGCAGCAACAGCAGCCAGCAACAGUUGCUCAGCACUGCUGGCGCCUUUGACCUGCAGCAGCAACAACUACAACAGCAACAACAACAACAACAACAACAACAACAACAACAGCUGCAACAGCAACACAGUCCCACAAGUAGCAUAUCAAAAGGAAGAACUGAACUCUUACUUGGUGAUCAAUUGCUGCGACAAGAAUCGAGGCCACGUCGCCGUUCUGGCUCCAGCAUUGUGGUCAUUGAUGGCGAUGAUCUGAAGCCAUGUCUGCCGGAUGAUUACAUAAGUGGCCAGCAUCAUCAUUUGCAUCAUCAUCAGCAGCAGCAGCAGCAGCAGCAGCAACAGCAGCAGCAGCAUUAUCGCACGCACUCAAGUGAUAUUAGGGAGAUUGACCAGGAAAUGCUGACCAUGCUGUCGAUGAAUCAAGAUAACGGUCCACAUCGCGAGAUGGCCGUCGACUGUCCCGAUACGUUUAUAGCACGCAAUAAGACGCCACCCAGAUAUCCGCCACCCCGUCCGCCGCAGAAACACAACACCAACCACACAACAAUCACCAGCAUCACCAACAACACCAACACCAUCAACAACACCAUCACCAAGAACACAACUAAAACUAAAAAUGAUCAUGCUAACAAAUUGUUAAUUGUUGCAUAUCAUUCUUCACAUCAACAUGAACAACAACAACAUCAUCAUCAACUACAACAACAACAACAACAACAACAACUACACUCAUCAAAAACAACAACAACUACAACAACAAUUGCACUCGAUGUGGCCACACAAAAUUUGUACAAUCAAAAACAACAAACCAAAUUGGAACAAAUCGAAAACUAUGAAAACGAUCUACAAACGGAUCAGCAACAACAAUCGCAGCAACUGGCAGCAACAGCAGCAACAGCAGCAGCAGCAACAACAGCAACAGGCGUUCAAACAGCGCAACAACAAAUGCCCAGCUACAAGUUGCAAGCAGCAUUUGGCAGCAACAAUCCGGACGUGAGCAACAGCAACAAUCACACCAGCAACGGCAACAGCAACACCAACAGCAACAGCAACAGCGUGGCCGACGAGUUGCUGUGCGUGGUGGAUGGGAUUUAUUGCAAGGGCGCCAGCUCGCCAUCGUCGAGCACUUUUGACGAUAUGCUGAGCAAACAGACGCUCGAAUCGUUCGAAACAAUUGCCUAUCGUCAUUUGCAGCAUCGCCAGCAACAACAUCAGCAGCAGCAGCAGCAGCAGCAGCAGCAAACGGCAAGCAAUUGCAACGGCAACAGCAAUAGCAGCAACAGCAGCAACAACAACAGCAACAACAACAACAGCAGCAACAGCAACAGCACAGCUGCAACGCCCAACAAAUUGACGGGAAUUAGCAGCAGUAGCAACAGCAACAGCAACUCCCUGAAUAGCACACGCAGCAGCAGCAACAGCUCCAUGCACACCAGCAGCAACAGUCACAGCAGCAGCAGCGUCAGCAGCAGCAGCCACAGCAGCCACAUAGCCAGCGCUCCAUCGACAACGAGCAGCUCAACAGUUCCGGAUGAUCUUAGCCUGGCGCCGCCCGGCUAUGAGCCGAGCAGUCAGCAGCAACUGCCCCCGGCAGGCAUGUCGCUGCUGCUGCCGGCAACGGCAACGGCAUCAGCACCUCCAGCAAAGCAUCGCGAGCUGCCCGUCGAUGUGCCCGAUAGCUUUAUUGAGAUGGUCAAGGCGCCGCCACGUUAUCCGCCGCCCGCACAUCUAUCCUCGCGCGGCUCGCUGCUCUCGAAUGGCAGCUCCUCAAACGCAACGACCUUCUCCUCGCUGGGCGUGGCAACUGCGUCUGCUGCCGCUGGCUGUGCGUCUGCUGCUGUUCCUGUUGCUGGCGAUGCCCAGCGCAUUGCCGAUGAGCUUAAUGGCAACGCCAAGCCCUUGCCGCCGCCUCGUGAUCAUCUGCGUACUGAGAAGGAUGGACGUCUCAUUAACUGCGCACCCGCGCCACAGUUGCCAGAUCGUCGCAUGCCCGGCAAUGGCAGCGGUGCUGCCACCCAACAACAACAGCAGCAGCAGCAGCAAAUAGCGCAAAUUGUGGCGCCGACAUUAGAGCAGCUGGACAGCAUAAGAAAAUAUCAGGAGCAACUGCGACGUCGACGCGAGGAGGAGGAGCGCAUCGCCCAGCAGAAUGAGUUUCUGCGCAACAGUUUGCGCGGCUCACGCAAACUGAAGGCGCUCCAGGACACGGCAACUGCCACGCCCACAGCUGGCAAGGCGCUGGCACAGCAACAGCAAGCAACAACAGCAGCCACGGCAGCAACAAUUGCCGGCGUGGAAAACGAGGCCUAUCUGCCGGAUGAGGAUGUCACGCCAACGGAGCACAUUGAUGGCUACGGUGAGCUGAUCGCGGCGCUAACACGCCUCCAGGGCCAAUUGGCGAAGAGCGGGCUAAGCACGCUAGCGGGCCGUGUCUCGGCAGCGCACAACGUCCUGGCCAGCGCCAGUGUGGCGCAUGUGCUUGCCGCCAGGAGCGCCGUGCUGCAGCGCAGGCGACCGCGGGUGGCGGGACCGCUGCACGUUAACGCGCUGGGCCUGCAGAAGGAGAUCGUGGAGCUGCUGACGCAGUCGAACACAGCGGCGGCCAUUGAGCUGGGCAACCUGUUGACCAGCCACGAGAUGGAGGGCCUGCUGCUGGCGCACGAUCGCAUUGCCAGCCACACGGAUGCCACGCCCUCGCCGACGGGCACAAUGCCGACACCGUCGCAUACGCCAACGGUCACAACCACCACGCUCAGCGGCCACAGCAGUCCCGUGCCGGCGGCCAAGGUGUCGGCCAGCAGCAGAAGCAUGGCGGUGCUGCCGCCAGUGGUGCCAGCCUCAUCGGUGGCGCAGCGUGGCGCAAUGCCGCUGCCUGUGGCUGUGGCGGUGCGCGGCGAAUCGCCGCCGGGCAUGAGCGCAUGCUUUGGCACACUGAACGAUCAGAACGACAACAUACGGAUCAUACAGAUCGAAAAGUCAACGGAGCCGCUGGGAGCGACCGUUCGCAACGAGGGUGAGGCCGUGGUCAUCGGGCGCAUUGUGCGUGGCGGUGCCGCUGAGAAGUCCGGACUGCUGCACGAGGGCGACGAGAUUCUGGAGGUGAACGGCCAGGAGCUGCGCGGCAAAACGGUGAACGAGGUGUGCGCCCUGCUGGGUGCCAUGCAGGGCACCCUCACGUUUUUGAUUGUGCCUGCCGGCAGUCCGCCGCCGGGCGGCGGCCUUUGCAGCGGUCUGGGCAUGCAUCAUGUGGUGGGCGGCAUGGCGCAUCGGGAUACGGCCGUGCUGCACGUGCGUGCCCACUUUGAUUACGAUCCGGAGGAUGAUCUGUACAUACCGUGCCGGGAGCUGGGUAUAAGCUUCCAAAAGGGCGAUGUGCUGCAUGUGAUCUCCCGCGAGGACCCCAACUGGUGGCAGGCGUAUCGUGAGGGCGAAGAGGAUCAAACGCUAGCCGGCCUCAUUCCUAGUCAGUCCUUCCAGCAUCAGCGCGAGACCAUGAAGCUAGCUAUUGCCGAGGAAGCGGGUCUGGCUCGCUCCCGUGGCAAAGAGGGUGCCAGCAGCAAGGGCGCUACGCUUCUCUGUGCCCGCAAGGGUCGCAAGAAGAAGAAGAAGGCUAGCUCCGAAGCGGGCUAUCCGCUGUACGCAACAACGGCGCCAGACGAAACGGAUCCCGAGGAGAUACUCACCUACGAGGAGGUGGCGCUCUACUAUCCCCGCGCCACCCACAAGCGCCCCAUUGUCCUCAUCGGCCCGCCCAACAUUGGCCGACAUGAGCUGCGCCAGCGCUUGAUGGCCGACUCCGAGCGUUUCUCGGCGGCAGUGCCACUUUUCUACUUGCUUGAGGAGAAGCUCAAACCAGCAGCCAAGGAUACAUCACGGGCCAGACGCGAGGGUGAGGUGCCCGGCGUAGACUAUCACUUCAUAACGCGCCAGGCCUUCGAGGCGGAUAUUCUGGCGCGUCGCUUUGUCGAGCACGGCGAGUAUGAGAAGGCGUACUACGGAACCUCACUUGAGGCCAUUCGCACAGUCGUUGCCAGUGGCAAGAUUUGUGUGCUGAACCUGCAUCCGCAGAGCUUGAAACUGUUACGCGCCUCCGACCUCAAGCCCUAUGUGGUGCUGGUGGCGCCGCCAAGCCUCGAUAAGCUGCGGCAGAAGAAGCUGCGCAAUGGCGAACCGUUUAAGGAAGAGGAACUUAAGGACAUCAUCGCAACCGCGCGGGACAUGGAGGCGCGCUGGGGUCAUCUGUUCGACAUGAUCAUCAUCAACAAUGAUACGGAGCGCGCCUACCAUCAACUGCUGGCGGAGAUCAAUUCGCUGGAGCGCGAACCGCAAUGGGUGCCGGCCCAGUGGGUGCACAACAAUCGUGACGAAUCAUAAUAGCCUCGGAACCGGACGCAGCGCAUCUUCAUCGCCAUCACCAUCUCCUGCCCCAGCCACAGCCCCAGCCCCAGCCACAGCCCCUGCCCCUGCCUCAGCCCCGCAUCGAGCCAUUUACCACUUACCGACGAUGAGCCAGCGCCCGCUUUGUAAAUACGUUUCAACUCAACCAUUUGGAGAUGGAGCAGCUGCUGUCACCGGAUCGGGAGACAGGGCAUCCUUCCGCAAUUUGUAUAAUUGAGCAUAUAUGUACUUGCAUAUGUAGUUUGCCUAUUUACCUACUUUUUAACUCGAACUUAGCCCGUUCCCAUAUACUCGUGUUAUUUAUGAAUGUAUCUAUGUAAAUUGUUUGUUUGUGGACAAACUUUUCCUAAUAUUUCAAGCAUUCCAAUUUUUUUUUUAAACUUCCUUUUACUUAAGUAUGUUCACAAAAAUUGUUAUUCAACUUUUAAAUUGAUUUUUUUUUAAAUAUUUUUUUUUCACCCAAUUUUUAUGAUUAUUUGAUAAGAAUUUGUUUAGCACUUCCUUAAUUUCAAGGGCGAAUUGAAAUUGUAAAAAAAAAAAAUAAAAAGAGUUUCAGUUUUUGUAACGCUGGCCAGUCUGUACUCUAAAUCGCUAAAUAUCGAAAUCGAACUCCAACUCGGAACACCCAUCCUUUAACAGAACAAAAACAAUCCGUUAAGAGAAAGCAAAUGUUGAAACAAAGUAGCGUAAGAGUUGAAGAAGCAAAAUAGCGAGAGAGAGAGAAAGAGAGAUGGAGACAGAGAGAAAGGGAGAGAGAGAGAGAAGAUGGCGAGCAGCCAAUGGAAGUGCAAGGGCAGAAGCAAGCGAAUGUUACAAUUACGUAAUCUAUUUACUUUAUAUAAAUAUAUACAUAAAUUAUACAUAUAAAUAUACACAUAAAUUAUAUGCAGUAAUACGAUUAAUUUUUAAUAAAAAGCUACGUGAGAGCAGCGAAAGCAGGAAGAGUUGUAAACAAGAAUAAAACGAUGAAGGAGAAACAACAGAAUCAGUACGUCAUUGCCAAAUAAAACAGAAGAAAGAAAUACGAAUACGAAAUACGAGUAUCCAAAACAAACAACAACAAAAAAAAACACCCAAAAUGCAAUAAAAACAAAAAAUAAGCAACAUUCCGCCAGCAAGCAAAUAAAUAGUAUGCAAUACAAUA